UUGUUCCUACUGUAUAAAAAGUCCUACGCUUACUGAUAAAGAAUAUCAAGUUUAGUUGUGGGAUUUAACUAUAGCGACAGUUUCCUCCAAGUUUGCUCGUUUUACAAAAUGUUCUGUGUUUUUGCGUCUCUGCUGUUUGUGAUCCUGGCCCUGAACGUGGACCGAGUUGCGGCCAGUGGAAUGGAUUUCGGUGACGUCUCGGCAUUGAUUAUUGGAAUGUUUCUGACCGCGAUAGGCAUCCUGGCAUGUCUUGGGCAUCACGCCAGAAAGCAACGCGCGAACCAAUAUUAACCGAAACCAAUCCCUUUCUCUCUCCUAUCCCAUGUGAACAAUAAACAAAAUUUAAUUCUUUAAAGCGUCAUUCGCGUGCCGGAUUUUUAUACCCAUUCCCUUAUGUAUUAGUUGUAAGAAUGAGCUACAUGAGAACCGUACGUCCUGUGGUGUUAUCUGCCGGAUCCGUGCGAUGGGGCACUGUCACUCGUCUGCCUCAUCAUCCCGCGAUAGUGCGACAGUUUUCGUAUCAAGCCACCGUCAGUGGCUUCUGGCAGUCGCUAUCGCAAAGCACACCGGUCGCUUAUAUGCAGCAUGGGCUGAUGGACCUACACGACCUCACGGGGCUGCCCUGGUGGGCUACGAUCAUUCUCUCCACGGUGGGAUUACGUACACUCGUCACGCUUCCUUUAGCUGUGUAUCAAAACAAAAUCCUUGCCCGACUGGAGCAAAUCUCACUCGAAAUGCCCGAACUGGUCAAAGAGCUAAAAACGGAAACGGCAUUUGCUAUGAAGAAGUUCAACUGGUCCGAGAAUGAAGCACGUACUAUGUACAACCGUUCGUUGAAGAAGCAGUGGAACAAUCUGAUUAUCCGGGAGAAUUGCCAUCCGGCCAAAACGAUGGUACUGCUUUGGGGUCAAAUUCCACUGUGGGUCAUCCAGUCGGUAGCAAUACGCAAUCUAGUCUCACUGAUGCCGGACCCGAGCGCGAUUGAAGCACAAAUUGCCUACAGCGAGCUUAUGCUCGGUGGUUUCGCAUGGAUACCGAACCUGAUCGAGCUUGAUCAUUCGUUGAUCUUUCCGGUAGCGCUUGGUAUCAUAAAUCUCAGUAUAAUUGAGAUUCAAGUUGCAUCUCGCACCAAGGCCUCCUCAAAACUACAGACUAUCUUCACCAACCUAUUUCGAGUGUUGAGUGUGGUGAUGGUUCCAAUUGCUGCUUCUGUUCCAUCGUGUCUCUGUUUGUACUGGGUCGUUUCCAGCACGUACGGUUUGGGUCAGAAUCUGGUCCUGUUGUCACCACGUGUUCGUCGCGCCGUUGGUAUUCCAACAGUACCAUCCGAACUGGUACAUCCUUACCAGCACUUACGUCAAUUCUUUGGAGCCAAACUUGCUGUUCUAACUGGUUCCAGUGCUCAACGCCCGAAUUCGAAAGUGUGAUCGCGGUAGUUCCGCCAAAUAAAGUUUACCCCGCUGGAGGAUGUUAUAUUUUGUA